AUGGCAGGCAGCCAGCGGUAUAUCCGCUACAUUGUCUUUGCGGUAGUGGCACUUGUCCUCCUCUACUUCAUCGGCUCCUCCUCGUCUGUGCCUUCCGCAAGCUGGCCAGUCUACCAAGACAACAAAUCGCCCGCGACUCCCCAGGGCAAUGCUCCAGUCGCCAACGAUGACGUCCAGCAAGUCACGCCCCCUACCACACCCAACCAGCAGAAGCUCCCGCCCGCGACCAUGCCCGGCGACCGCAUGAACGCAACCUUCGUGACCCUCGCCCGUAACUCCGAUGUCUGGGAGAUUGCCGAGUCUAUCCGCCAAGUCGAAGACCGCUUCAACCGCAAAUUCAACUACGACUGGGUCUUCCUCAACGACGACGACUUCAGCGAUGAGUUCAAGAAGGUUACCACUGCGCUCGUAUCCGGUACGACCAAGUACGGCAAGAUUCCCAAGGAACACUGGUCCUUCCCUGAAUGGAUUGACCAGGACAAGGCUGCCAAGGUUCGCGAGACCAUGAAGGAGAAGAAGAUCAUCUACGGCGACUCUGUCAGCUACAGGCACAUGUGCCGCUACGAGUCUGGCUUCUUCUUCCGCCACCCCUUGAUGCUCGACUACGAGUGGUACUGGCGCGUCGAGCCCAGCGUCAAGCUCUACUGCGACAUCAACUACGACACCUUCAAGUUCAUGGCCGACAACAAGAAGAAGUACAGCUUCACCCUCAGUCUCUACGAAUACGUCGAGACCAUUCCUACCCUUUGGGACGCCACCAAGAACUUCACCAAGCACUACCCUCAGCACAUUGUCAAGGACAACGCCAUGAAGUUCCUUAGUGACGACGGCGGUGAGACGUACAACCACUGCCAUUUCUGGUCCAACUUCGAGAUCGGCAACCUCAACUGGCUCCGCUCCGACGCAUACAUCGACUUCUUCACCUCGCUCGACCAUGCUGGUGGUUUCUUCUACGAGCGAUGGGGCGAUGCUCCUGUGCACUCCAUUGCUGCUGGUCUGCUCCUACAAAAGGACGAGAUCCACUUCUUCAACGACAUUGCCUACUACCACGUUCCCUUUACGCAUUGCCCAACUGGUGAGCAAUACCGUCUCGACCACAAGUGCUCCUGUAACCCCAAGGACAACUUUGACUGGAACGGAUACAGCUGCACAUCUCGCUUCUACGAAAUGCAAGGCAUGGAGAAGCCAGCAGGGUACGAAAAGGAGCAAUAA